GAAGAAGAUCGAAUCAUUUUCUCGUGGAUCUUGUGCCCCCUCUGGUGAACACUGUAGGGAGGAAUCAUGGAUCCAGCUGAGAUGAGGUACUUGGAAGAAGAGGACGGCCCCAUGAUGAAGACGAUCAAAGGAAGCGUCACUGGCUUCGCCGCCGGGACCAUCUACGGAACCAUUUUAGCCACGUGGAAAGACGUUCCGAGGGUGGAGAGGAACGUGGCUCUUCCGGGACUCAUCAGAACGCUCAAGAUGAUGGGAACACACGGGCUCACUUUCGCUGCUAUUGGAGGAGUUUACAUUGGCGUUGAACAGGUGGUUCAGAGUUAUAGGGGCAAAAGAGACUUUUUCAACGGUGCUAUUGGUGGGUUUGUUGCUGGAGCUUCUGUCCUUGGCUAUAGAGCAAGGAGCAUUCCGACGGCGAUAGCUGCAGGUGCAACUCUAGCUGUUACCUCAGCUUUGAUUGACUCUGGAGGUCAGACGACAAGAGUAGACAAUGGCAGAGAGUAUUAUCCUUACACCCCUGUCGAGAAAAGAGCUCAAGCUGAAUCCUGAUUUCUCUUUUUUUGGUGAUUGAAGUUAAUAAAAAGCUCUUUGAGAUCAUCUCUCUCUUCCCUGUCAUGUCUGUUUUUGUUUACUUGUAUCUGAGAGAUGUGAAAUCAUGGAACUCUUUUGUUCUUUUGUUUUCUCCUGUUUGUAUGGAGAGUGACUUGCAUCUUUUGCUUAAGUGUUGAAUGUAAGAAACGUUACAGUUCUAAGUAUCUGAAAUGUGUUUGCUUCUGCUA